UCCAAGGCUCCUGACUUAACCUCAACAACUGAGGAGUGACGAGGGGAAGGGGGCCCUUUAAAUUCUACGUAACACUGCUGAGGAAAAAGCUAGAAGGGGUUGAGCACCAGAGAGAGGGGACUUAACGAUCUGCAGGCCACAGGAGUGGAUCUGUUGGAGAGACAAGAGAGCACAGAGCGCAGGAAGUAGAGCAGGCUGAGGAUUUAUACAGGAGGGCAGAGAAAACCUCUGCGUAGAGCAAGUGUUUCGAGGUCAUCGAUCCUUCCACCCCUCACUGAUAACCCCCGCUGUGACCCCCGACAGAAAAGUGGAAAGGGGAAAUUUCCAAUUAAAAUAACCCCUCUGGACAUUUAGCCGCCCUCGUCAUGGCAGCCAUUGAUCUGGAGCGUGGGCUGGAGCACAGAGGCCGGGUCUGGGGACAAGAGAGGCCAGAGCUGACGGACAAUUUCGACUCAGAGAUGCAGGAGUGGGAAGACCAGCUGCAGGACAUCCAGAAGAAAAUCGAAGAGUUGUACAAUGAAGUUCAGGCCCGCAGAGGAGCAAACGACAACGCCAAUGACAACCAGAAGAAUGGCAGCGAAAUGGAGUGUGGCCUGGCGCACCAGAGCAAUGGUCUUUUUGUGCCGGGCCAACACAGCCAGAAUCACCCAGGAGCUCUGCCUGUGCCGCAUCACUAUAGCAACGGCUGCAACUACAACCCCAACGGGUACAGCUACCCCGCGAGUCAUCAGGGAGGCUACGAUUACUGCCAAGGCAACGGCGUCUCAGAGAUCGGGGACUUGCUGCAGGAUUAUUUGGGACAGGGGAAACAAAUAAGCCGGAAGACCAAUGGAGCUCGCCACGUGCAUUUCAGUGACACGAUCAAGGUGAGUCAGGACACCCCUGCACACAAGAACGAGUUCAGAAGAAGAUAUGAAAAUGACAGGUUUGGUCAAGAGCAGGUUCGGGACAGUUUUGAGGCGACUGAAAACAGAAAGAACCAAGUGUCUCACAUGAAGGGCUCCCCUCACAGAGGGAGUUCCCCAAACAAGGAAAACACAGGUGCCAAGCCUCCUCUGGGACAAAGGGAUGCUCCUGCUGCACAAUCACGCUCCCAGCUCCCACUUAAGACUGUUGAGUCCCCCGCUCUGGACAGGAAGUGCUUCAGUCCGGGCGUCCUGGGAGACAGAAAGUGCGGCAGCCCCUCUGUUCUCAGAAAGUUUGGAGCCAUGCUGCAGGAAAACGAAGGCAAAACUCUCACCGAAACCGGGGUGGUGACCCAACAGGGACUGGAGCCAAAGUGCCCAACCCCCGUCUGUCAGCGCAGAGCUCUGGGAGCCGCUGCAGUCGCCGGCAGGGCGCCCGUGCAUAUGCCUUCCCACAAAUGCCAAGCAGAUUCUGAUGUGCUGACAGCAGAUUUAGAGCCGAGCCAAGAACGGGGGUUAGUGUCAGAUUCUGGAAGACAUAACCAUAAAGAUCAGAGGGGAGGCUACGGUGCAUCAAAAGGAUCUCAUCCCAGUCCUCAGCCGUCACACAGGAGAUCACAGGCGGCGGGGAGCCCAAAGAUUAGACCCAGGACGAACAGUGGUGCAGAAAGAGAUGGAGGAAGGAAGCCUGCGCCGCAACAUGUGGAGCCCAAAAUGGACUCCAGGGUGUCAAGUUCCUCCACUGGAGCUCAGAGGAUUCAGAGGGGGGGGUUAGCGGGACAGGAGUUUCCAGGUUGUGGCCGAGUGGGGGAUGAAGGACUCAUUGAGCUGCUGGACAUGCUGGACAUCCAACAUGAGUUCAGCUCCAGUCACAGAACAAGUCACACAGCUCACAGCAGGCAGGAGCAGCAGGUAAAUCCAGCCGAGUCGCCUGCAGUAAACUCGAGGUGCUUCUCUCGUCCCGCACGGCCAGCCAACCAGCGGCCUCCGUCCAGAUGGGCCAGCCGCACCCCGCCCGCCUUAAUCACCGCUCCCUCAGGCCCAGUGUAUCGCUCCCCAAGCCCAAUGACCAGAACCCCAAGCCCAGGCCUGAAGCACCGACCUGCUCUCUCCUACUCCCUUCAGACUGAGACUGUCAUCAUGUGAUACCUUUCCAUCUCAGUAAAGCUCGAACUCUCCCCAGGAAAACCCCUCAACCAACACGCUCUUUGUAAAUAGCGAGGACUUGCUCUGGUAAAGUGCUUUUACGAGAGAGUGGCGGCGAAGUGCUUCAUUUCACCUCUAUGCUGCGUUACGAAAUGAAAAACAUCCACGACAUGCUCCAGUGUUGCUGUGGCUUUUUGCUUCUUCUGUGCCUAACAUUAGUCGACUCUUCCCUCUCUCCUCAUUGUUUUUGUAUUGCGUUUUAAUGUGUUUUCUGUACAAAGAGAUUUAGCAUGCUCCCCUAGAUUGAGGGUGCAUGCUAAUGUGUUUAAUCCUCAUUGUUGCCUCGUUGAAUCAAAUUCAACAUCGCCAAGAGUGGGAGAUGGUUAAUUGGCAAAUGUGUUCCAAGCAGCAAACCUGAUUACUGUCAACUACAGUGUGUUUUACUGUAUCAUAUUGUCAAAGUAAUAUAUUUAAGAUGUUCAAAUACCAGCUGUGAAAAAUUACGGAUAUGCCUUUAAUGUUUUUGGUUUUCUUGGUAAUAAAUAUGAAAGUGCUUCGAAUUAAA